UUCUUAAAAAUGAACUUAAAAUAUAAGACAUUUCAAUAAUAAACGGAAAUAUUUCAGAAUAAUAAAUGAUUUAUAAAACAAUCAUAUCAUAGUGCGAUGGACAAUAACGAACACGUACAUGAUAAUAUAGAAAAAAUGUACAGUACAAAUUUUUUGAAAGAUUAUCAAAUUCAUUCUUCGAAUUCCACGUGUACGUUAACCAAAGAUGAAGAAAAUGUAUCACAAAAAGAAAAUGCUUACGAACAAUUUAAUGACCCUGAUGAACCGUAUUGCCAAGUCAAAUUGAAGUCGAUUCUGAGAUUAAAGGACAGCACAAAACAGUUAUUGAGCUUACUAGAAGAAAUUCAAACAAAAGUUCAUACAAAUAAUAACGUUCUAAUCCAAGAUAUAAGAUUUAACAAUAUUUUAAAAUCAGAUUUUCGAUACCAUGAUGAGAGACUUACAAGAGAAUCCAUACCUGCAGCUUUUGAAAAAUUGAAAAACCAUGCUCAAAAGUUAGAUGCUAUUUACAUUAAGGAUGAGGACAAUGACUGUUCAAUAUAUAAAAGACUAACCAGAAAAUGCCACUGUUUAAACCAACCCGACUACAAUGAUUUUAUUAUACACUUUAAUGAAGAUUCUAAAUACAAUACUAAUAAUUUCGGUGAAAUUAUUAAGAACUUGCGAAUUUUAAAGAAAUUCCUUUACAUGGGCGGAAUUAAUACUAAAAAUGCUUUAAUGUUUUUAAAUGAAGGUCUAACGGAUUCUGAGCUCAGUGAAAAAGUAGAGCUUACAUUAGGUUGUGUACACGCCGAUAUUUGUAAUAUUUUCGAGGAUAACUCUAUUGUUAUCGCUUGUAUUUCAUGGCCUUGUAAAUAUCGAUAUUUUGGAAAUUGUGUGACACAGAAUUUAGCAGCAGGCUUCUUAUAUAAACUUGCUGAGGUAGAAGAAGGGAGAAGAUAUUUAAAUUAUACAUCUAAAAUAACAAACGACAUUAAAAAAGUCUUAAGAAAAAAAUCUUCUUACUUAGAGAUAGAUAUUAUCGAUUCUUUGAACGCUACACUAAGUUUACUAAAACCAAAUUUUACUAAAGAUUUGGCUGUAACAUACUACAGCAAAUCGAUCUAUGAAGGCGUCGGAACGAGAACAAUUAAAGAUUUAAUGCGAUAUCGUCAACGUAUGACUCUCGAUGAAAUUUUUAUGCAUCUCGAUAUACUGAAUAAGUACAGUAGUUUCGAACUUGGUAAAUCAGAAUUGACGCUUCAAUUGCCGACUCUAUUGGUUAUUUUUAAACGCAUGUUAAUGGAAUAUGAUAACAGUGAAGUCAAUAUAAUAAUAAUCAAUACUCUGGAUAAUAUAGUUUCAAGAAAUAUUAUAAAACCACAAAAACCGGAAGCAUCAAAAUGUUGGGCUGUAGCUGAUACGGCAACUGAGCCUGUUAAAAUGAAGAAUGAAGUGUGUCAAAUGCCUUAUAAGAAACCGAAUUUAAAGAAAACUUAUAAACCAAAAUUUAGUCUCGGAGUCUUACCGAAUAAACAUCGUCAACUUUCAACAAGAAAUGGUUGGGAGCCAUCUUUAUUAAAUGCAAGAUCAAGAAAAAUUAAUGAUUUAGCUAAAUCAAUGAUUAUAGUGCCAAUUGAAAAAUAAAUAGUUAUCAGUAACAAGAUGUAUAUAUUUUAUUUACAAUAGUACAUUUCAAUAUUACAUACCAAAGUACACUAUAAAACAAUUACGUAUAACAAUAUCUUAAAUGCAAAAAUAAAUAUUUCAA